AUGCGAGCCGCUCUGCCUUCCUUCACCCCUGCAGCAGCUCCGCAACCAGCAGCAGCAGCAGCAGCAGCAGCAGCAGGUGUGCGCUGCCUCAGCUCUGCAGCAGACUCAAUACCCGCAGAAGAAACCCCAAACCCUAACGCCCUGAAGUUCAGGCCUCUUCUCUCGCGGCCUCUGGUGAACAAAAAGGGGAAAGUCACUUCGACGCAGUUCUAUAGAGGCAGCAGCAACACUUCAGAUUCUCCCAUGGCUCAAGCACUGCUGCAGGUGGAGGGCGUCUCCUCUGUGUUGAUUGGGGCUGGCUUUGUCUCCGUUGUGAAGACAGCAGAAGCAGACUGGGCCUCACUAAAGCCCCUGGUAGAAGAAGCCAUCAGGUCUUCGGUAGAUGCGCAGCUUGCUGCAGCAGCAGCUGCUGCUGCAGCGGAAGAGAGCGAGGAGGCCGCAGCAGCAGGAGCAGCAGCAGCAGCAGCAGCAGAAGCAAAGGCAGCAGCAGCAAACGCGCCCCUAAGUGAAGAAGAGGCCGAACUCUUCGAGUCCAUCAAAGAGACAAUAAACCACAGAGUCAAGCCCAUGCUGCAGAGCGACGGGGGCGACGUGGAAGUGCUGCGCUUCGACGCGGAGAGCGGCGCGCUGUACGUACACCUGCUGGGCAGCUGCCAGGGCUGCCCCUCUUCGACAGUGACGGUGAAGAGAGGAAUGGAGCAAAUGCUCAAGUACUACUACCCCGAGGUGGAGGAGGUGAUUGAGUGCGACGAAAAUGGAGAUCCCAUCGAACCCUCAGAAGACGAGUGA